CUAAGCACGAAAUCAGUCCGCGAACUCAGUCAACCCGGUGUGGACGUACGUUGUAAUAUUCUCCCCUCUCUGCUAAACCGCCGGAUAUUCAUAUAUGUGCUGAAUCUCAUCUCAUCUGGUGCUAAAAGUGAAAAUUUUCGAUUCACCAAAUUUGCUAACAGAAUCUCGACCUUUACCAGUGAUAUUAGCGGUCAAUGAAAUCCGGAAUAUGGUUCCAAACCGUACGGUGAAGCUUAGAAGCUACAGUGGAGUCGAAUGAUAUCCUUCUAAAGUCGUGAUAUUAAGGCAUCAAGAAAAAAAAAAGGUGUGUUUGUCCUGUGGCAGCAAGGAAAAACUUCCUCCUUUUUCAUCGAUUUUCCCCCUCGUCGGUCGUCCUGUUUGACCUGGACAUGUUCUACUGCUGCGUGGUUCUGUGACGUUCCUGGCUACUCUGAUGUUGAUGAUGAUGUUAUAAAACAAACGCUGGAUGCCGAUGGGAAAGCUGUUCGACAACACCAGAGGAGAUAAUCAACUGAUCAUCACUCUCAUCGCCAUAAACUAUACAUUACGUGCCACAACAGAACUAAGUAUCAUCAUUUGCGUGGGGUUAGUACAUGUGAGAGAGACCCAGCUCCAUGCUAUCACACAAUACAUUCAGCCAGCAGUAGUAAGGCCAUUCCCAGCGUAGUUCGUGUGAUCAUCACCAGCUGGCUAAUCUCAGCGCGAUCUCAGCCAGUGCCAAUGUAAGAGACCAAGUCCAUCGGAGGAAAAAACCCCCACAACCGAAAUGCAUCAAUUCCGGAAAUGCUCCCGCCGGAACCUGCUGAUCUUGCUGGCGCUGGUCGUCGGCUACCUGCUGGUUGACUACGUACUGCUCAGCAAUCGAGACUACAUGGACAAUCGCGAGAAAAUAAGCUUGAUCGAGGAAUCGAUACAGUCGCUGGCUAACCAGGGUGCCUGCAAGAUACCGAACCUGCCCGUGGACUCGCCGGAGAUGUUGAGCUUCCUGAAGGAUGAACCGCCGGUGGAGUGCGGCAAUGAGAACGACGACUGGGUCGCGUGUCAUAAAUCCACCUGCACCAUCAAACCGGAAGCGGUCAAGGCGGUGGGCAAGAUCACGUGCGACUUUGCCGACAUCAUCCGGACCGAUGACUACAAGAUCCAGUACUCGAGCUCCCCCGUUCGAUCCAGCCAUAGCUACACGUUGCGCGACAGCGACUUUGUGCGGGCCCGGUGUUGGACGGACUCGCGCCAACGGUGGACCGGAAUCUUGUUCGGGAUCCGCGAAGAUCGCAACCUGCUCGAACGGCGCAGCUGGUCCAUGGAAACGCCCCUCAACGUCCUAAUGCUCGGAUACGACUCGCUCAGCCGAAACGCUUUCAUCCGGAAACUGCCAAAAACCUACAAGUACUUGACCAAAUACCUAAAGGCGGACGUUCUGCAAGGGUACAACAUCGUCGGCGAUGGCACUCCCCAGGCGUUGAUCCCCCUACUAACAGGCUUCACCGAGCUCGAACUGCCAGAAACCCGCAAACGCAUGAAAAACUCCGAGUACGUCAACAUCUACCCGAUGGUCUGGAGUGAGUACGAAAAGUACGGCUACAUCACGUCCUUCAACGAGGACGUCCCCUACAUCGGAACCUUCUCCUACCGUCUAAACGGCUUCGACGACCAACCAACCGACCAUUACAUGCGCACGUACUACCUGGCGCUCGAAAGCCAACUCAGCUACUACAAACGGCUCUGCGUCGGGGCCCAGCCCCGCCACAAAGUCAUGCUAGACUACACCAAAGAGUUCAUGCAAAGUUACCCCUCGAACCCCCGGUUCGUGUUCAGCUUCCACGGCGAACUCUCGCACGAUUCCAUCAAUCUGGUCGGUGUUGCGGACAACGACAUCACCAACUGGCUCGUCGACCUGAAGCGGUCCGGAGUGCUGAACCACACCAUCCUGAUUAUGAUGUCCGACCACGGGAACCGGUUCGCCGAGGUGCGGAACACGCUGCAGGGCAAGCAGGAGGAGCGGUUGCCGUUUUUCAGCUUUGCCUUCCCCGAGUGGUUCAAGCGGCAGUACAAGGAGCAGUACGGCAACUUUAGGACCAACCUGCAGCGGCUGGUGACGCCGUUCGAUGUGCACGAAACGCUGCAGGAUGUUUUGAACCUGCAAACGCUCAAGUCCAAACAGAAACCAGCCCACACGCGGGCCAUCUCGCUGUUCGAGGAGAUUCCCCAGAACCGCUCCUGCGCGGACGCGUACAUCGAGCCGCACUGGUGCGCCUGCCUCAACUGGGAAACGAUCGCGGACGCGUCCUCGUCGGAGCCGGUCUUCCGGUCGGCGAUGGCCAUCGUGGACUACAUCAACCGGUACACCGAACGGCACCGCAGCAUCUGCGCCACGCUCAGCCUGGACGAGAUCCGGUGGGCGGCGAAGCUGUCCCCGCACGAGGGCCUGGUGCGCUACAAGCAGAACAAGGACACGGACGGAUUUCUGGGGGAGUUUAGCUCGACGGGGACGAAGGUCGCGCACGACAUGUACCAGGUGAAGCUAGUCACGGUGCCGGGGAAGGCCAUCUACGAGGGGAGUGUGGUGCACGAUUUGGGUACUAAUCAGUUUCGGGUUAAGCUGAGCGACAUUUCGCGGAUCAACAAGUACGGGACGCAGGCGAACUGCAUCUACGAUAAGGAUCCGGAGGUGCGGAAGUAUUGCUACUGCAAGAAGUGAAUUGGUCUGGGGUGUAAAUAGGUUAGUCGCGGGACUGGGAACCAUUUUUGGUUGAUGAUUUUUCGAGUCAAUACUUUUUAAGUGCGCGUUUGUAACAGGAGUCCUUAUUAGUUCAGAAUGAAAUAACCGUGAAUCUCAAAGAGACUUAAUGCACAAACAAACAAAGUUGUUGUAGAUUUUUUUUUAGUUUAGGUAGUUUGAAGAAAGAACACAAUGUACUGAAGAAGAUACGAGGCGGGUGGGUGUGCUGUGCGUAGGUAUGAUUCCGCAAAUAUUUAGCUAAUCCCGUGAGUGUGAAUACAACCGGAUUACUUUUGAUACUCAAUAUGAAUUCUGAGAAUCUCAUAAAUGUUGAUAAAUAAACGUGUUUUUUGAGAACAA